AUGACAUCUAUAAACCCCUUUCAAGGUAAAAAAGUAAAAGCUGGGCAGAUAGAAUUACCGGAGCCGGUACGUAACAUACCAGAGAGGCGGAGCAAAGCUGAUUUCGAGCUGGUCUUCAUCGCGGAGGACCUUCCGCCAAUGGGAAUAAGAUCCUACUAUUUGCAAAGACACCAAAUUGGCUGGGAGCGACCAAGAAGAUCAUCAAAGACAUCGCAAAAAAGCCGUAUCAAGAAAAAGGAACGCAUGAUCCGACAAAAUUCGUUGUUAAACGAAAACGACCUGCCUGAUUACGAAUAUUUCGAUGACGUCACCACAGAAACUGUGAAUCAAUCCACGAACCCUGAAAUUAAUAAUACUAGAAAGACAGAUACAAUCGUCAAUAAUACUUCAACGACUACAACUACAGAAGUUCAAACUAUUAAAACAAAUAAUGUCCUUCUACAUGCUGUUUUAAUGAAUGAUGAAACAUUUACUACUGAAGAUGCUGUUCCAACAAAUUCUGCAAUAAUAAAUGAAGAAGCCAUACCAGAAACUACAACAAACGAAGUUUUUAAUACACAAUCAUCAGUAACUUGGACGCCAAGACCUAUUUCUUGUAAUAAAAGCAAAGCAGAUACCAACGAAGGAAUAAUAACAUCCAUUGCUACAGAAAAAUCACACGGAACAAUAGUUAAAACAGAACCAUCAGUAAUUUGGGCAUCACAUAUGGCAAAUAACGAAAUUGACACAGACGAAUCAGAUAAAACGACGACUACCACAGAAGAAACUGCUUCUACAGAAAACAAUGACAAAUCAACAGUUGUCUCAGAAGAAUCGGUACUGGGGGCACAGACAACUGAACCAGUUUAUACGGAAAAAUCAGCUAGAAUGACUGUUACUACCCCAAAAUAUAUAGAAGCAGAUGUUACAGUGAUAAUGAAUGAUAAACAUGUAUUAACACCCAAAAUGAGGGCAUCGGGAUUUCAGAGCGAGGAUAUACGACAAGAUUUUAUGAUGAAAGCACCGAAACUAGAUGAAGAUGAUGAUCUUGAUGAAUUCGAUUAUUGGGCUGGCUACCCAUCUUACAUUAUGAAUGAACAUUCGUACAUCAGGAAUAGGUUCACCAGAGUAAAUUUAGAUAGCAACAAGAGAGCUAUAAGCAUAUCUCUAGCUAAUGGUAUCAAGAUGAAAUUACAAAUUCAAAUGUAUUACUAUGUUUCUGAUGAUCCUAAGAGGAUGAAUAAAUAUUCAAGACCUCCAGGUGCUUACCUGAUGAGGACUAUGGAUGAUAAACCAGAGAUAUUGAAUGAUGGAUUCAAAGGGAACGUGUAUAAGAACCAAGUGGUACAAGAAAUCCACAUCAGGUAUUCUAGUUGGGCGUCGUUGUCGCUACGUCUGUACCCUCAUAGUCCAGUGUUAGAGGUGGACUGGCUGGUUGGACCAAUACCAAUUGCUGAUGGACUAGAUCAUUGUAGACGUGGCAUCGACUCCUAUAAUAAGCGGUGGGCUAGCCGUCCUGACAUUCUUUCAGUGACUAGUCAACUGAAUACGAAAGCGAAACAAGAAGCGAUAACUAGUGAAGUAAACUAUCUGGACGAUCUAAUAGUGUUGGGAAGUGACCAUAGUGACGUGACUAGUGGUAAAGAGGUUCUGAUCAAAUACUCAACGGAUUUAGUCAACGAAGGUGUGUUCUACACGGACUCUAACGGUAGGCAGACCAUGAAGAGGAUAAGGAACAAGCGACCUAUGUUCGAUCCUGUCAACAAAGACCCUAUUACCGGCAACUUUUAUCCAGUAACAUCAAAGAUAUACAUAGAGGAUCUAUCUAAAAACAUUCGUUUCGCUGUACUCAAUGACAGAUGUCAAGGAGGAUCAUCAUUACAAGAUGGCGAAAUAAACAUUCUGUUACACAGACGUCUUUUAACUGAGGACGACAUACAAGAAGCGGCUUUAAACGAAACAGAAUAUAACCAAGGCACCGUUAUAAGAGGGCAACACUAUUUAUACGUCAGCAAGGCAGACCAUAAACCAUAUAGAGUUUUCGAAAAAAAAUUGGCAAAGGAAAUAGAGUUGAAGCCACAGAUAUUUACUUCGCCAGCUUGGGGUUAUGGCGCAAGGGGGAAACCUGUGUGGAUGUCUCGAAUCAAUGAAUAUAGUGGGUUGAAAACAAAAUUACCAAUCGGUGUUCAUAUUUUGACUUUGGAACAAUGGAACGAUAACACCCUGCUGUUGAGGCUGGAGAAUUUUCUCGAAAAAGCUGAUGUUAUACAUGCAGGCGUAAAAAAAGUUUAUCUAUAUAAUCUAUUCACUUUCAUUGAAGUUUUAGGUGUAAAAGAGACGACGCUCUCUGGCCACAUAUUGUUGAAAGAUUGGGUGCCACUGUCUUGGAAUACAGAUAAAUUUUUGAAGAGUUACAAUGAAGCGUAUGGCAGUGGGAAAUUCGAAUAUGUGGAUAAAGAACCUAGAGAAUUACGUGCUGUAGAUGUCAAUACACCUAUCGAGUUAACUCCACAACAAAUCAGAACAUUUGUGAUAGAAUAUAAAUAUGUAUGA